GAUCUCGAGGGCAAGCACGCCAUGGAAUGAAUUGAGUAUUAUAUAAAUUCGAUCUCGAUAAACACCCACCCUCAUUCUAAAACCCUAAUUACUAGCAAAACCAACCACAGAGACACAGGCCGGCCCGCGAAAUCGAUCCGAUGGCAGCAAAGGGUUCAAGUUCAAAUUCCAGAUGGUCGCUCUCCGGCUACACUGCGCUGGUCACCGGCGGGACUCGCGGCAUCGGACAAGGCAUCGUGGAAGAGCUCGCUGAAAUGGGCGCUCAUGUCUACACCUGCGCCAGGAACGCCGACGAUCUCAACCACCGCCUCCAGGAAUGGGCUUCCAAGGGCUACAAGGUCAGUGGCUCCGUGUGCGAUGCGUCUUCCCGGGAACAAAGGGAAAAGCUCAUCGAGAGCGCGUCCUCCGCUUUCAAUGGCAAGCUCAACAUCCUUGUGAACAAUGCUGGGGCUAAUGUGGUUAAGCCAACAGUUGAUUUCACUGCUGAAGACUAUUCGGAAGUGAUGUCUACCAACUUUGAAGCCUGUCUCCAUUUAUGCCAGCUGGCUCAUCCUCUUCUCAAGGCUGCUGGGAACAGCAGCAUCGUCUUCAUCUCCUCUGUUGCGGGUCUCACCCAUGUCUUUGUCGGAUCUCUUUAUGGAGCCAGCAAAGCUGCCGUGAACCAACUGACAAAGAAUUUAGCCUGCGAAUGGGCAAAGGACAACAUUCGGGUCAACGCCAUCACUCCCGGGUUCAUCAAUACACCUGCUGUGAAAUCUAUGCUGGCGAGUAAUGAAGUGUUGUUUAAUAAGGUAAAAGCUGAAACACCACUUGGGCGUGCCGGGGAGACACAAGAAGUCGGAUCCUUGGUCGCUUUCCUUUGUCUUCCGGCGGCGUCUUAUAUCACAGGUCAAAUUAUCUCUCUCGAUGGAGGAAUGACCGCGAAUGGUUUCUCGUUCCCUUGAUAAUAAUUAAAAUUACAUUUGUCUUAAAAAGUAUUUUGUGGCUCAUCAUUCUGGUUUUAAACGUAUUUUGUUAUGUAUUUCUCAUAUUUCUGGUCUCAAAGCAUAGUGUUGCAUAAUGACGGUGACUUGAGUUGUGAACACAGCCGACGGCUAUGUAUACAUUUCGUGCUUUGAUACGAUAAUGGAAUGCUUUGAUAAUA